AUGUAUGUUGAGCCAAGUGAAAUUCAUACUGGAUCUUUAGAAAUGCAAUUGAUCGAUUUAAAAAGUAAAGCUUUGUGGAAUGGGAAAUUUGCAGAACUUAUAUUGGACGCAUGGAAUAGUCUUGCAGAUUGCUACAAUCCUCCCAAAAUUAUCAGCAUUGGACGAGAACGAGUAAAAACUGCUACACUGUUUUCAUCGGCUAGUUUCGAGUGCUUGGGAGAAGGGAACCCACCUCCAACGUAUCAGUGGAUUCAGAAAAGGCCAACUCCUUCAGAUAGUAUUAUUGAAAGAGGAAGAGAUGCUAAAUUAUAUAUAAGUAAUGUGACAUACGAUUUCCAAGGUGAAUAUCGCUGCAAAGUAACUAAUAUUAUCAAGGGAGAAGAAAGGACGGAAAUAAGCGAGCCAAUUAUUCUGCAAGUACACGGAGCACCACAAGUUUUGCGACAGUCUGCCAUGCCAGAAGUCGUUGUUGAACGUGGUCAGCCGGCAGAUUUAAGUAUGGUGGUUUGCGCAGAUCCAAGGCCUAGACUGGUCGCCUGGGAAUGGGGAUCCUUAAGAUUGGAAGCUGGAACAGAAAUGGGAAAAUACAGGGUAGAUGAUGUUAUGCAAGAAGAAAGAGAAGACUGUUAUUUAGCAACUCUGCACAUCAAGGAUACUUCAUCAACUGACUCAAGAGCUUACUAUCUAGCAGUUGAAAACGAUAAAGGGACUGAUCGACAUGCAGUUCAACUAUAUGUAAACGAAUUUGUUUUAAAAACAAGUAUUACCUUAAUAGACAUUCCUUUGCCUAGAGACAUUUCUGUGAGGGUAUUUAUUGAAAGGUUUGCUGUAUGUGGCGUAGCACUGUAG